AUGGAUAAAUAUUCAGGAAUUAGUAAUAGUGAUGUUGCAAUUAUUGGAUUGGGUUUUAGAUUGCCCAGUGGCAAUUUAGAAAAAUCGUUAUCAGAACCAAAAGAGUUGACAAAAGCAUUGUAUAAUGGUUUUAAUGGUGUUGUAGAUACAUGUGAAAGAUGGUCUGAUAGUUACAGUUUAUCUGGCGAAAUCGUGUGUAAAUAUGCUGCAUUGCUACCGAUUAAAGAGUGGAAGUCUUUUGAUCCUAUUAUGUUUGGUAUAAAUCCAAGUGAAGUCUCAACCAUUGAUCCACAACAAAGAUUAUUAUUAAAGUGUACAUUUGAAGCAUUGGAAGACUCUGGUAUUGACCAUUCAUCAAUAAGAGGUUCUAACACAAGUGUUUUUAUUGCAGUCAAACCAUCAGAUAUUGACUAUAUGGAAUGUCAUGGUACAGAUACUCCCACUGGUGACCCAAUAGAAUUAGAGGGUAGUUCAAUGGUAUUUAAAGAUGUAAAAUCAAGUGAUAAUCCGCUAUUAGUAGGGUCAAUUAAGUCAAAUAUUGGGCACUGUGAGCCUGCAUCAGGUGUUGCCUCUGUUAUUAAAUGUUGCUUAAGUUUCAAAAAUAAAAUAUUUUUUCCAAAUAUCUAUUUCCAAACACCAAACCCAUUAAUUAAAUUUAAAGAAUGGAAAAUUAAAGUUGUCACAGAACCAAUCAAAUUUAAUAAUCACAAGUUGACAUCAGUCAUUGUAAAUAAUUUUGGUGUUACUGGUUCAAAUUGUUGUUUAAUUUUACAAGAUUAUAACAAAAGUAUUAAUAAUUCACAAAUAAAUAAUGAAAAUGAUAAUGAUAGUAAUAUUAAUAAUAUUAAAAAUAAUAAUAAUAAGUACCUCAUUCCCUUUAAUUCAAAUUCAAUUAAAUCAUUAAAUGAUUAUCUUCAAAAUAUUAAAUGUUUGCCAGAGUCAAUUAGUUUUGUUGAUUUUAUAAAAGAUCAAAUUAAAUUUAAAUCAUCAUCUCUAAUUCAAAGAUCAGUUAUCAUUGCUAGUAGUUGGGAAGAAUUAAAAAAUAAAAAUAAUGAAAUUAAAGCAAUAAAUCAAAACUCAAUUUCAAAUAUCUCGAUUAAUAAUAGGGGUCCUGUAACAGUAUUUAUAUAUACAGUCCAAAACCACUUUAAAGAAAAUAAAACAGAUGAAUGGACUCACUGUUCUUCCGGUAAUAUUAGUUUACUGAAUCAUAAUGAUCAAGAAAGAAGAUUGAAUAUAAGUGAAUUAAAGAGAAAUUGUAAUUACACCAAAUUGACCAAAAAAGAAUUCUAUCAAGCAGUGAAAAUAAAUGCAAGUAUUUCUUACAAAGGACUAUUUCAAGGUAUUAAGGAGUGUUUCUUGGGUGAUGGCUGCAUAUUUUCAGUGGUUUCAUUGAGUUUUUUAAAAGAAAUUGAAGAAUUUAAUCAUCUAUUAUCAAACAAAAGAAUGACAACUUUCUUCAAUGCAGCAAUAUUGGAUACAUGUAUACAUGGUACAUGUAUGUUUUUAAAAGAAUUUACACAAGUUGUAUUUGAUAGAAUUGAAGGUUUUAAAUACUAUUCAUCUAAUAUCCCAUCAUCCAGCAGCCAUACUGAAAUUUAUGUAUACUCAAAAUUAAUUAAAAGUACUCGAAAUUUUAUUGAAAGUUCAGUACAUGUAAUGUUAGAGGAUGGUAUAUUGUUGUUUGAAAUAUCAAAGGUUAUGUUUUCAUUCCUAACCCCAACAAUUGACAGUUCAAUAGUUUCAGCACCCACAGAAAAUGAUAUUUAUCUUCCAUAUUUACAAUCAAAAGAUUCAAAUAUUCAAAAUCCAUCAACAUUUAAAUCAUUGAAUGAUCAAACUCAAUUUCAAAUCAAAGAUGAUGAAGCUUUUAAAACAAAUUUUAAAAUGGCCUUUAGUUACUAUUUUUUUAAAAACAUUUCAAAGAGACACCCAACUAUAAAUAAAGAUAGGAUAAUGUCAAAACUUAUUUUCCCUUUAAAUAACGAUGAUCCAGAUACUGAUAAUCCUCAGUCACUAUUUGAAAAUGGUUUGUUAGAUAGUGUUUAUAAAAAUGCAAAAGAUGUUGUAAUUUAUAACAAAUUAUUAAGCCAAGUAGUAUAUGAAAUUGUAAAACCACUGCUUCAAAAACCAAUAGUUUUUAGAAUUAUUGAAUUCGGGUCAGGUUUAGGAUCAUUAUCAUGUUUCGUCAUUGAACAACUGGAUCAACUAUUAAAAUCGAACCCAUUAUCCGAAAUUAGUAUAGAAUUUACAUUCUCAGAUGUUUCAUCAUCAUUUUUUAUAAAUGCAAAAACAAAGUUUUCAGAUAUCAAAAACAUUAAUAUAGUUUACCGUGUCAUAGAUCUUGAUCAAUCACUAGUUAAUGCUCAAGAUUUAAAACCAGCCCAUUAUGAUAUUAUUUUAAUGUCAAAUGUAUUGCAUGUAGUAAAAAAUAUUAAAUCAGCUCUAAAUGAAAUAUAUAAAGUGUUAACUCCAAAUGGUCAAUUGAUAUUCCUCGAGCCACCCUAUAAAUCAAUAUAUAACGAUACAGUAUUUGGUGUUUUUGAUCAAUGGUGA